CGUCAUCGGUGAGUGCAAACGCCACGGAACGGCCAUCUUGUGAUAGUGAGGGGAGGGUCUGCCUUGUAUUCCUUCUGUUUCUGCGUUAUUACAGAUCCAAGAGACCUAAAAGUUAGUUCUAGGGAAGGUCUACAGUUAGAAGAUGUCCACGAUGAACCCUGAAUAUGACUACUUGUUCAAACUCCUCCUCAUUGGUGACAGCGGUGUUGGAAAGUCCUGCCUUCUCUUAAGAUUUGCCGAUGACACUUAUACAGAAUCCUACAUCAGUACCAUAGGUGUAGAUUUUAAAAUUCGCACUAUUGAGUUAGACGGCAAAACAAUCAAACUUCAGAUCUGGGACACGGCAGGACAAGAACGUUUCCGAACCAUCACUUCUUCUUAUUAUCGGGGAGCCCAUGGCAUCAUUGUUGUCUAUGAUACCACUGACCAAGAAUCCUUUAAUAAUGUCAAGCAGUGGCUUCAAGAGAUAGAUCGAUAUGCUUGUGAAAAUGUCAACAAACUUUUAGUGGGCAACAAAUGUGAUCUCACCCACAAGAAAGUAGUUGACUACCAGACCGCCAAGGAAUAUGCAGAUUCUUUGGGAAUCCCAUUCCUCGAAACUUCUGCCAAGAAUGCAACCAAUGUUGAACAGGCUUUCAUGACCAUGGCUGCAGAGAUUAAGAACCGUAUGGGACCUCCCUCAGGAGCUGCUGGGACUGCACAAGGAGUUAAGAUCAAUCCCAGUACCCCAGUGGAGGCACAGUCAGGUGGCGGGUGCUGUUGAAUAUCGUUCUAGGCUAACAUCAAAACACGGCAGUUCCAGGACAUUAGGACGCCAGUAGAAUGUUGCUGGUACACCCAGAACUGGUGGCUGUUAAAUUUUUAAAGCAUUGCAUUGUUUUGGUGUCCUGGGUUGUAAUUGCCUGGUGUCUAGAUCACCACCUGGUGCCGAGGAGAAGCAGGAAUCUGGGCAUCACCUAGGUGAUUAGGGUGGAAGACAGGAGACUGAUAUUAUUGACAGAAGACAAAGUUUAUAUAUUUUCUUUUCUUUUUUUCUUUUUUUAUGGCUCUGAAGGUACAUCCUGAGCAAAUAGAUGUAAACUAGGAAGAUCGUUUUUAUUCUUCAGUCUCUGAUCUGUGUUAUGUGGCAGUUAACAAAUUUGAUCAUACUUGCCUCAAAAUCGUGUGCAAGAUAUGAACCUGUAACAUUUUGUGAUCUGUUGAAUAAAGUGAUGACUGGGGAAUUGCAGUCUGGUGUUACAAAGGACUCUGCUGCUUCUCUUGUCCUAUAGCAAUUUGAAGACUACCAUCUCUGUACAUAGAAGUUGUUUUCUUAGAACAGAGGCAAGUAUUAAAUUCUUUGGUCAUGUAACUAAUGUGCAGAUACCAAAACUCAUUCUUAUAUUUCAAAUAGUUCAUCAUCGGAAGCCGGUGGAUAGCAGGAUACUUAUAUUUGAGUGCUGAAAUAAUUUUCAUUUUAUUUAUGGUAGGCACUGGGGUGAUUGAAUUUGUAGCUAAUUUGUCUGAAUAUUUGUGCAAUGCUAUUAACCAGCUUCCUCAGUGCUCAUACAUUUUAUUGAAUGUUUUUUGAUUAUAUAUAUAUUGGGUGAGUUAAGAACUUUUGUAAGUUUUCACAAUGUCAUUAUAUUCUGGUAUUUUAAAGAUUUACCAAUUAGGAAACUAUGGGAUCAGUGAAGCUUUUUAUUAGGAAUCACACUGCUGUACCAAAAGUGGAAGUUUCUAAUUUACCUUGUUUUGCGUAUAGGCAACACCUGUCCCCAUUCUGUUAUAGCUAGGCCUUUCCCCACAAGCAUGUUAGGAUAUACACAGCACAUGAUUUGUACUAUGGAAGAUAAUGUCUACAAGCUUCAAGACUGGUUCUAUCUAUUACUUAAAACAUUGUUUUUGGCUGUUAUUUGUCCAACUAAUGUGUACACUGCCCUCAGUGUCUAGUAUAGUUAUUUAACCAGAGUAGAGACCAACUACAAAUGCUAUUUAGAAGUGUAUAAUGAUUAAGUAAUAUUCCAGUAAUUAUAUUCACUUCUGUGGCUUAGUGUCAGAUUUAAAGAUUGCUAAGGGCAAGAUCCAUUGAAUAUCUUGAUAGCAGGGCUGUGUAAAUGUUACAUGGACAUAUACUGAAAGGAAGAUGUCCAUUCCAUCUCUUUUCUAUUGAUCAAAUCUGAACCUUGUACAUGAAUGAAUGUUUCACAGUAAACUGUGUAAAGAC